AUGGGCCUGCUGAAUCCUUACAAGAACAUCCACGCAUUCGACCCAAAGACAUCGAUACCGGAGCUCACCGGCCGCGUCAUUAUUGUCACUGGCGGCAAUGCAGGUAUAGGCAAGCAGGCCGUACUCGAGCUCUCUCGUCACAAUCCGCGUCGUCUCUACCUAGCUGCACGUUCGCGCACAAAGUUCGACGCUGCCCUGAAAGACAUUCUGCUGGCCAAUCCUAACGCCAGCUCAUGUGUCGAAUACCUUGAGCUCGAUCUCGCAAAUCUCAAGAGUAUCCGUGCCGCAGCAAACAAGGUCUUGGCGGAGAAUACACGACUAGAUAUACUCAUCAACAAUGGCGGGAUCAUGGCAAACCCUCCCGCCCUGUCAGCGGACGGCUAUGAGCUCCAAUUUGCAACGAACUACUUUGGCCAUGCAGCAUUGACGAAGUUGCUGAUGCCGUUGCUACAGAGGACCGCUGAAGCACUUCCGGAGAUGCAAAGGAACACCGUCCGAGUCGUGCAUGUUUCCAGUGCCGCGGCUCGACUGGACCAGCAGAAGGGCAAACGUGAGGACGUCAACGAAUAUGCACGGUACUCGAUCAGUAAGCUCGCCCAGAUCCUGUAUGCGAGGCAGUCGGUGGUCCACUGGCCUGAUGUUGUGCAUGUGGCAAUUCAGCCUGGUAGGGUGGAUACAGGACUAUUGGAUCAUUACUUGGGCUCGGGCAAACGAUGGGGCCCAUUAGGAUUGAUGCAACGCACAUAUGACGCCGUCGCUGGCAAAUUGACUGUCGAGGAGGGCGCACUGACGCCGUUGUGGGCGGCGACGUGGACAGGCGAUGUGAGCAACGGCGGCAUGUUCUCGCCGGUCGGUGUGCCAGAGCCAGGUAGCGCGCAAUGCAGGGACGACAAGCUUGCUAAAGCACUGUGGGAUUGGACAGAAGAGGAACUAAGGAAGGCUGGGAUCUGA